GGCCGGGCUGCUAAUGUCACAAAUGCUUGUGUUCCAGAUCGUCUUUUUAAGCCGCAUGGCCGCUGGUCUAGUGAAUUUGCUAAGGAUGGUUAUGUCAAAGAUUCUUUCCUCACGUCAAUUUCUAAAGCCUUAGGUAUAUUAGUUUUCUCGUACGUAACGCUUCUUCAUUUAUUCUAAUAUCCUUUAGUUGGUCUUGUCCGAGGGACCGUUGUUUAUGGGGUACAGCUGGCCUGGAGUUUUCCUCCUAGGAGCAAGUGGACGCACG